AUGGAAGUUGAUAAGAUGGAGCUUAGAAAGAAAGUGCUUCAGUUGCAGAAGGAAAAGGAACUUAAUAACAAAUAUUUUUCUCAGAGAAUGCUUGUGCUGCAGGGUGAAGUUCAUCGGAACCAACAGCUUAGGGCUGAAAAUGAGGAUCUUGUGAAGCAGCUUGAGCAGCUUGGGGUAGAUAAGCAAAUCCUUGAGGAAGAUGCUGAGCAGAGUGAGUGUUGGAGGAGAGAGCUUGAGGUGGAGCUUGAGGCGAGUGAGAUUGAAAAGGGAGAUAUUGUAAAAGAGCUUAAGGAGAUUCACGCUGAAAAGAAAAAUCUUGAGGGACAGCUUGAGAAGAUGGAAGAUUAUCAGAAAGAGAUUAAGAAGAAACUUCUUGAUCUGCAGGAUGAAGCUGAGAAGAAAGAGCUUCAGAGCAAAGAGCUUAAUCAGAAAGUGCUUGACCUGCAGAGUGAAGCUGUUCAAAACAAAAACCUUAAGAGUGAUCUUGAGAAAAAGCUUGCGGAGAGUGAAGCUGAAAAGAAAAAGCUUGAGGCGUUUCGGGCUGAAAAGGAAGAUCUUGAGAAAGAGCUUCAGGAGAUUCGGGCUCAAAUGGGAUAUAUUGUGGAAGACCUUGAGAUGAUUAAGGCUGAGAUGGGAGAUCUUGAGAAAGAGCUUUGGCGGAGUGAGGCUGAUAAGACGGAGCUUGAGAAGAAAAUGCUUGAGCUGAGUAGUCAAGUGAACAUUAAGGAGAUUGAGAACAAAGACCUUAAUGAUAAAUUGUUUCAGCUGUGGAGGGAAGCAGAUCAAAACAAACUGCGCAAUGAUGAUCUUGAGAAAAAGCUUGCGCUUAGUGAACGUCGGACGAAAGAGCUUGUUGGGAUUGAGACUGAAAAGAAACUUCUCGAGAAAGAGCUCGAGGGGAUUCGAUCUAAAAGGGGAGAUCUUGUGUCAGAGCGUAAGCAGAGUGAGACUGAGAAGGAGCUUAAGCAGAAAGUGCUUGAACUGGAGACUGAAGGUCGUCGAAACAAAACGCUUUUGAAUGAUCUUGAGAAAAAGCUUAAGCAGAGUGAAUGUCAGAAGAAAGAGCUUAAACAAGAGCUGGAGAUGAAUAAGCAAUAUCUCGACGAAGAACAACAGCACACUGUAAAAUUUUUUUAUCGGAAUGAGAUGCAGUUGGAUCAAAUGAGAGAUCUUAAAGAAUUUAUUGAGAAGAGUGAGGCUCAGAAGCAAAAUCUUAAGAAAGAGCUUCAGCAAACUAAAGCUGCAAAGUUAGGGCUUAAAAAUGCUUUUGAGGAGAGUGAAUGCGAGAAGAAGGACCUCCAGGAAGGCCUUCACAAAAUUGUUGGGCAAAGGAACAAAAAGAUCAGGGAAGUGCUUGAAACUAGUGAGACUCAGAAGGAACAGAUUAUGAAAGUGUAUGAGCAGAUUAAAGAUGGAAAGCUAGAUGUCGAGAAAGCUCUCGAGGAGAGUGAACGCCAGAAGAAGGAGCUCGAGGAGGUGCUUGCAAAGAGUAAGGCUCAAAAGGAACAUCUUGAGAAAGAGCUUGAGAAGAUUGAAGAUGAAAAUAUGCAGCUCAAGGAAGCUCUGGAGGAAAGUGAGCUGAUGAAAAGACAACAAGUGAUAGUUUUUGGCCAGAAGGAACAACUUGUGAAGGCAGAGCUUAACAAGAAAGUGCUUCAGCUGCAGAAUGAAGCUGAUCAAAGCAAGGAGCUUAACAAACGCCUUGAGCAAAAGCUAGGGCAGACUGAAAUGCGCAAGAUGUUACUUGAGAACGCUCUUAAGGAUAGAGAUAUUCAACUGCAAGAAAUGAAUCAGAGAUUUGCUUUAGAGCAAAAGCAAAAUGAAGAUGUGGUGGCAGAUUUGUCGAAAGAACCAAAGAAUCGGGAGAGUUCGAAGAAAGAGAUUACAUCUAUCAACAGUGAAAUGGAGUAUCUUCAUUAUGUCAACAAGAAAAGCACAGAAGAGUUGGAUGUUGCUGAUGUUGCUGCUGCUGCUGCUGCUGAUGAUGAUGAUGAUAAUGAUGAUGAUGAUUGGCUUAAAGUUUAAAGUGGCUAUGUUAA